AUGUUUUACAGUCACGAAAUCCUCACGUCACGUAAAUAUGGUGUGGCGACUGUGUGGCUCGUUGCAACCCUGGGUGCCAAAUCAAGCUUGAAGCGCAUUAACCGCAAGCAAAUCCUCGGCGUCGAUGUCUCCAAAGCAUGCCAAACCAUCAUCGAUCCAGUAGCUCCCCUGGCUCUACGUCUACAGGGGAACUUGUUAUAUGGACUAUCGCGAGUGUACCUACAGCAGUGCGGAUAUAUUCUCUCAGACGCACAGGAUGCUCAAAUUGCUCUGAGAAUGGCCUUACGGACAGUUCAGAGCACCGAACUUGAUCCCACUGCUGGUAAAGCCAAUCCAGAACAACUCAUUCUUCAAGAUGACCCCUCGUUCCUCCCCAAUUUUGCUCCUCCUCCGCCCGAACUACUCGCUGAUCUAGACUCCAACUUCAACCUCGACAUAACACACUCCGGCGAGUCACAGUCUCUAACACCGUUUGGCUCUCAGCGACAUUCAUCCUCUCCUCAUGUUGGUAGUGCAGGUGGCCUCGUUCUCCCUACUUCUUCCCCUGUCACUCCGGGUGGAUUUAGACUCGACGGCGAUUACGGAACGGGCAGUAUUGAUCAACCUAGCGCCAUGCUUGGGGCCGGCGAGACAUUCGAAAUCGAAGAUCCGGAUUUUGAAUUCGGAGAUGAUGGUGAGAUCAUUCAGCUGCCGCCAGGUACCGUGUCGCUGAGAACUCCGGCUACGCCUUCACGUGCGUCCAGGUCCGAGGAUGCUCUACAUAGUGACAAGGUGAGAAAGGAACUUGACCCAGAACACCGCGUUCUUGAUCAGUUGCCUGAUGAUGAGAUGCAUGUUGCGCUUCCCAGCGAAGAAGACGGCCUUCCCGAAGGCGGCGUUUAUUCCUCAGGCGCGCAACAGUCUCAAAAUUCUUCAGAAGUAGUCGAAUCAUCAGGAACCUUUACCGCUCCUAUGCGUCGACAUCGAGUUCCACGCGCCAUUCCUGCAGACACAGCAACCGAACUUCGUAAUAAGGACCUGAUAGACUGGGGCACGAACUAUCUUAAGAACAUGAAAACUGUUGCUCAACAAAAGAUUCACAAUCGUGUCCUGACACAAGCCAAGAAAAACGCUGAGCAUUAUGUGUGGGGAUCCGGACUAGGUGGUAUUGGCCAACGUAUUCCUGGAUACGAAGGCUAUAAUCCAUUCGAUAUGUUCAUGGGCGACAAACUAUUCGAGGCUAUCACUGGCAUGAGUCGCAAAGGAACCGGGCACAAGCAUGAUCGCGAUAGCGGCAUAGACGAUGCCACGCAAGAACAGGCACGUCAUGUACGCCAGAAGAUUGGCGAGCCUGAGGUUGCUCGAGGUGCUGAUGAUGAAGGAUUCUCUAUGCCUCUUGGAGACGACGAAGCUGCGGUUGAAUUGCCUCGUGAAGCACCGUCUGCCCUUGAUGAUCAACACGUCUUCUCUGCAAUGCCAUGGAACAUGAGUGCUUCUGCUAGAAGUUCAUCAGCCAUUCCUCGCAGUAGGCGUAUCGGCAUGACUGGUUCAGCCGAUCACGGAAGACAUGGAAGUCGCCUGGUAUCUGCCUCUCCACUAUAUGGACGAGGUCAGUCUAUUCCCUUCGAUUUGAAUAAUCUUACAAGCGAUGCGGAUUAUGCCGGCGAUGAGUUUGGGCCUCCAGCACUCAGCUCAGAUUUUCCCGAGGUAGCAGCUCUUCCGAACGCCAACUCACAACUACCCAAAAUACUUUCCAUCGAAGGCGAAAACUUCAUCGCCUACAUACGCGAGAAGAUGAGAGAGAAGCGAGGUCGUGCGCAGGUAGAGACAGGCGUUGCGAACGAUGCUGAAGAAAUUACGUUCGAAGAACUGCUUCCGCCUGCGGAGAAUGCAAAGAUGGUUGCUUGCCACGGUCUUAUGAUGGUUCUCACACUGGGCACAAGAGGUAUGCUCACCAUACAGCAGUCCGAGCACCUCGGUGACAUUCAUCUUCGCUUAUCUGAGAAAGCCAAGGCGCUGGAAAUCAUUGAGAUCAGCGAUGGCGAAGAGUUAGAUAACCCGGUGGAUGUCGAAGGCGAAGGACAUUUCCAGGAACAGUUCGCUGCUGGACAUGCUGCCCAGGUGGACGAUGAUCACGGGUCUCUAUACGAUGAGUGA